AAACGGAAGUGACGCAAUAAUCUCUCAUCUUGAACCAUGCUUGAAUGGAGGUGACCUUAGUUAUUAUCAAAUUGUAAAGUAAAGAAAGUAGGCGGCUGCCGUGUACAGAGCAGGUACGUUGCGCCCGUCCGGUCCGGUUUAGAUGCUCCUAAACUUUGCUUGAAUAUUUCCGAAGACUUGAGCGAGCAGGACGAGCAGAGAUGGCAGAGGCACAUCAGGCACGCGUGCAGAAUGUGGUGGAAGAAAUGGUCCAAAGCCUGGAGAGACAUCACAUCCGUAAAAUGCAGGGUCGCAUGUUCAAGUGCAGUGCAGAAUGCUGUGAUAGCUCCACAGACUCCAUGUCUCAAGUGCAUCAGUGCAUCGAGAGGUGUCACACUCCGCUGGCCACAGCUCAGGGACUGGUCACUUCAGAGCUGGAGAAGUUUCAGGACCGUCUGACCAGAUGCACAAUGCACUGCAACGACAAGGCGAAGGAUCUAUUUGACUCCGGCGCCAAGGAGCAAGCAGUCCGAUCGUUGAUGGACCGCUGUGUGGGCAGUUGUGUGGACGACCACGUUAACUUGAUCCCCAGCAUGACCCGAAGACUCAAAGAAAAUUUGGACUCUAUACAGCAGUGAUGAGCGGGGGUGGAUGGCUGUGGCCCGUCCAGCAGCGUGGGGUUAGUCAACAGUUUGAAGAAUAGAGGGGCUGGAACAUCAUUAAAGCAAAGCGUAGCAUUUUGACAAAUUUUAGAGGCUGUGACUCUAAAUUUUGGUGUUGUGGAGAUUUAAAAAUGCUCACUGUGAGAUUUAUUGUUGUACUGUGUGUAAUCUACAAACAGCAACCUUCUUGGAGACUGGGAGCUGAACGUUUUUGGCUUGUUAUAUCUUGGUUCAUCUGCAACAAGAUAAAUCCAGUGAUGCAUCAGCUGUCACAUUGAUGUGUGUGUCAACAAGAAAGUUUACAUUUUUAAAACGUUGGUAAAUUCAGUACAAAUCUGAGUAUCACAUUAUAAAAUAUACACUUCACAAUGCAAUCAAUGUGAUUCAGAUGUGCAUUUAUUUUAUGCAUUGUUUUGAAUGUGCUUUGUAUUCAACUCUUCUCAGCCAGUUCCUCGCCAUCAUCAGCCCCCUCAUCUUCAUCUUUUUCUUGUAAUUUUAUUGUGAGUCAUCCUGUGAUUGUCUCACCUCCCACAAUGAGACGUGUUUAUAUAACUGAAUUAAAAGUACUGUAGAUGUAA